AUGGUGAUCGAUAAAUCUGUGGUGCACACAGUAGCUUGGGUCAUCGGUCUUAUUCACGUCUUUAGCUUUCAUGACUUCUGGAAGCUUGAUCCUAUUGCUCUUGAGAAGUGUCUUGAAGGUAAAUAUUACCUAUGUGACGCUGGAUACACCACAAUGCCAGGUUUCAUAUCCCUGUAUUGCGGUGUCCGAUAUCAUUUAAAAGAGCACACCGGUAGGACACCAAAGAAUAGGAAGGAGUUGUUCAAUUUAAGGCAUUCAUUUUUAAGAUCAAAAAUUGAGUGCACAUUUGGGAUACUGAAGAAUCGGUUUAAAAUUCUUGCGGCGAAGCCGAAUUAUCCAUUUCCCACUCAAGUGGACAUUGUACUAGCGUGUACUGUGUUGCACAACUUUAUUGCCUUGGAGGAUCCGGAUGAUGAUAUUUUAAAUGAAAAUGUUGAAAUUGAUGAAGAUACUGGGGAAGAGACAAAUGAAGACGAUUCAAAUGUGGUGGACUAUACUCAAAGUAGGUCACAAAGAGAGGAUCGAGAUGUUAGAAAUGAAUGGAAGGAGUUACGAGAUCAAAUUGCUUGGGCGAUGUGGGUGGAUUAUUGUGCAAAGUACAAUGGUGGUAACACAAUGGAGAGCGGUUUAACUUAG